AAAGAAAUAGUGUUUCUUUACGCGGGAAAUGAAAAACGUAAACAAACGAAUAGGAAGACAAACAGCUGAUCAUCCCUGCCUAUAACGCACCGCAUUGUAGUUUGAACUUAGUAGGAUUGUAAUUUCGCAUAAUUCUGUGAUAAUGGCACCGAGAAGAAGUGAGCGCCACAGUAUGGCAGUAACAUUUGUAGAUGAUAAUCAAGUUGCUAAAAUAAGGAAUGGUGUAGAUAAUCCGGAAGAUUUGAUUUUUUUCCAUAUGUGUGUGUGUGAAGUUAAACCUCUGGGGGAGCUUCAUCGAAAUAAAGAUGCUGGAAUUUUGGCCCAGGGAAAACUGAAUGGAUUGCCACCGCUAGAGGAAGAUGAUACUGAAGAAGUUCUCCUCAAACCAACUGAAUUGCUUGAAGAAGCAAAAAGUACACCAUCAGGAAGCAGUAUUUAUUAUUUCAACACACCUAAAAAGAGAUUGAGUAUGUUUGAAAAGGCUGACUCUGUCAAGAAAGUUCACAUGUCUCCAUCAACACCAAGAACUCCUAAGACUCCCAAAAUUCACCAGUCAUCAGGCUCAAGGACACCUAAAACCCCCAAGACACCAGCAUCUGUUUCAAAAGGUGUAUUACGAACUCCAAAGAGCAGAAGGAGUUUGUCUAAUCUUGUAGAGGAUCCCAAGACGCCAUACAGCUUCAGAAAACGAGUGAAACAGCAUAUAAAGAAAAUAGUAUAUAAGGAAGAAAGUUCCUCCUCAUCAGAAGAAGAGGACAGUGAAAAUGAUAGUGAGUAUAAAGAUAGUGAAAGUGAAGAUUCUGACCAGGAUAAAGAAAAUGAUGAUACAUGGGCAGCAGGAAGAACUCCAAAGAGAAUCCCACUGAGAAAUGACAGAGGUUUGUCAUUAACCCCAUCCAGACGACCCGCUCUUUCCGUACCCUCUGGAACUCCGGUACGAACUCCAUCCAGGGUUGGCCGAGGAAGAAAAGUGAAAGAUGUUGAAAUGAUUGCUAAAGCUGAAGAUUAUUUUUCACAUCAAAGUGAUGCAAAAAAAGUUGCAACUUCAGACCAUACACUUAAUCACCUUCAGACUCCUAGAUUAUCUCCAGAGGCACUACAAACGCUUCUUAGUGAUGUGACAGCUUCACAUCCAGUGGAGCGGAAAAACUUGGUGGAGAGUCAUGUUCAAAUGUUUUCUCAAUGGAUGAUUUCCCUUUGUGAAAAUUUCAGCAUAUUUUUGCACGGUCUUGGAAGCAAAAAACUCUUGAUCAGUCAGUUCCAGGAACAGUAUUUAAGUGACUUUGAUAACAUAGUUGUUAAUGGCUUCUUCCCCUCAUUAACUUUAAAAAGUAUACUAAACACAAUAACAGAAGAUAUUUUAGACCAUACUGGGAGUUUCCACAGUUUCCACGAUCAGCUAGAAUUUAUCAAGAAUGCUUACGAGCCAUCAAAUGCAGAACCCUUAUUUAUCGUCGUUCAUAAUUUGGAUGGACCAAUGCUAAGGUCAGACAAGGUGCAAACUACUUUUGCCAGCUUAGCUUCUUUACCUCGGGUCCAUCUCAUUGCUUCAAUUGACCAUAUUAAUGCACCUCUAAUAUUUGACAGUGGAAAGAUGAGCUGUUACAAUGCUCUGUGGUUUGAUGCUACAACCCUUUCCCCAUAUUCUGAAGAAACGUCAUAUGAAAAUUCGUUGCUUGUUCAACAAUCUGGUGCACUGGCACUCUCUUCUCUUGUGCAUGUCUUCAAGUCCCUUACACCCAAUGCCAAAGGCAUCUUUCUUAUGUUGGCUCGCUAUCAACUGGAUCAAAAAGACAAUUCAAACUAUGUUGGCUUAUCUUUCAGCGACAUGUAUCAGCGCUGCCGUGAAACUUUUCUUGUGAAUUCCGACCUUACGCUCCGUGCCCAACUCACUGAAUUUAAAGAUCAUAAGCUCAUUCGUUCAAAGAAGGGCCAUGAUGGUACUGAACACCUGCUUAUACCAUUGGAUCCUAGUACAUUAGAAGAUUUUAUGGCUCAGGAAGACUUAUAAAAAUGCUUUGCUUAUAUCCCAUAAUUCAUCAAAUGCUUUAAUGUCUGUGGUUCAUUUUAAUAAAUCUGAAGCAGUACAAAUAUACACACACUUAGCUUUCAAGAAGCCAUUUUAAGUCAUGUAUAUUUUAAACAUUCUUCAUUUUUUUAGUUUUAAAUUUUUAAGCAUUGCCUUUUAUGACUGAUUAUACUUUUCCAUACUCAUUUUAAAAGAAUUUAAAUG